AUGCGUCGCGUCCACGUGCUCCAGAGCUUCGCGCGCCGCGCUCAGACCGCCCGUCGCUCGCCCGCGGGCCACUCGCGUGCAGCGCUGUCGCUCGACUGCCGUCCGCACCUGUCGCCGCUCCGGUCGCUCUCGACUGCGAUCCCAAAGGCGUCGGAAGACGACGCGUCGAUCGCAGUGCAAGUGGUGAACGACGCGAACGCCGCCGAUGACGACGACGACGACGAGAGCGGCGAAGUGGGGCGCAAGUUGAAGCCCCGUGAAGUGGUCGAGCAGCUGAACAAGUACAUUGUGGGCCAAGCAGACGCCAAGCGCGCGGUGGCUAUUGCGCUGCGCAACCGCUGGCGACGGCAGAAGAUCUCGGACGAGCUGCGCCAGGAAGUGAGUCCCAAGAACAUUCUGAUGAUUGGCCCCACGGGGUGCGGCAAGACGGAGAUUGCGCGCCGACUGGCGAAGCUGUCCGAGGCCCCGUUCGUCAAGGUGGAGGCGACCAAGUUCACGGAAGUGGGCUUCCACGGCCGCGACGUGGACCAGAUCAUUCGGGACCUGGUGGAAAACGCGAUCAAUAUGGUCAAGAAGGCGCGCAAAGAGCGACUGCGCAAGCAAGUGCAGCAUCUGGUGGAAACCCGGAUCCUUGAUGUGCUCACGGGCACGAACGCGCUGGAGCGCUCGCGCGCGACGUUUGAGCGGCUGCUGACGGCGGGUGAACUGGAAGAUCGGAUCAUUGAGUUUGACGUGCCGGCUGCCAAGAACGCUGGCAACCAGCCGAUCUCGUUUGUCGGUGGCGAAGGGAAGGGCAUUUCCAUGGAAGUGUUUGGUCGGGCGUUUGGCGAGAAGAAGAAGGAACGCAAACGCAUGACGAUCGCCGAGUCGCGUGGUGUGUUUGAAGACAUGGAGAUGGACAAUGCUAUUGACAUGACGGACGUUGUGCGUGAAGCGAUACAGGAGACGGAAGAGAAUGGGAUUGUGUUUAUCGAUGAGAUCGACAAGAUCUGCUCGAGCGGAGACUUCCGCCGCUCUUCGGACCCGAGCAGCGAGGGCGUGCAGCGUGACUUGUUGCCGCUGAUUGAAGGCAGCGUCAUUUCGACAAAGCACGGCAAUGUCAACACGGACCACAUACUGUUUGUUGGUUCGGGUGCGUUCCACUCGUCAAAACCGUCGGACCUGCUCGCUGAGCUGCAAGGUCGCUUGCCGAUUCGUGUUGAGCUCAAGGGGCUGACAGAAGAAGACUUGCACCGGAUCCUGACAGAGCCCGUGACGAACCUCAUCAAGCAGCAGAUUGAGCUCAUCAAGACAGAAGGCGUCACGCUGGACUUCACCACCGAUGCUAUCCGUGAGAUUGCCCGUGUAGCUGCGGAGGUCAACCAGACCGUGGAAAACAUCGGUGCCCGACGCCUGCACACGGUGGUUGAGAAGGUGGUGGAGGACAUUAGCUUCGACAGUUCCGAGAUGACCCCUGGAUCCACUGUCACCAUCACGAAGGAAUUUGUGCUCGAGCGCGUAGGCAAGCUCAUGAAGACGACGGACCUGUCGAAGUUCAUUCUGUAG